UAUCAUGGAUAUUGGAUAGUAGGUGUGUAUGACAAGCUUAGUGAAUCAGUAUAUCCGUCAGGAGAAAUGAAUAUUUCGAGAUAAAUGUGUAGUGCUGAGAAAUAAACCGUGCUGGAGUGUUUGAUGUUGUUUAUGCUCUUUUUCAUUUUAUUUCGAACUACCUCGAAUCAUUUGUUUACCACAUUUUAAGAUUAUGAGCUACGAUUUUAACUUUUAAUGACAGACGCACGGUUAUAGUUGUUUCAGGUAAAAUAUAUAGAAUAUCAAUAUGCAGACAAUAAAAUGUGUAGUAGUAGGAGACGGAGCUGUGGGUAAAACGUGUCUUUUGAUUUCGUAUACCACAAACAAAUUUCCAUCUGAAUAUGUACCUACAGUUUUUGAUAACUAUGCUGUCACGGUAAUGAUAGGUGGCGACCCAUACACAUUGGGAUUAUUUGAUACAGCUGGUCAGGAAGAUUACGAUAGGCUGAGACCUUUAAGUUAUCCACAAACAGAUGUAUUUCUUGUUUGUUUUUCAGUAGUGUCGCCAUCAUCAUUUGAAAAUGUCAAAGAAAAGUGGGUGCCUGAAAUAACUCAUCAUUGUCAGAGGACCCCCUUCUUACUUGUCGGCACUCAAAUCGAUUUGAGAGACGACGUCGCUACUAUCGAAAAGUUGGCAAAAAAUAAGCAAAAACCAAUAUCGGCGGAACAGGGAGAAAAAUUGGCUAAAGAGUUAAAAGCGGUGAAAUACGUAGAGUGCAGUGCUCUCACGCAGAAAGGUUUAAAGAACGUAUUCGACGAAGCAAUUUUGGCUGCACUCGAACCUCCCGAGCCAGUAAAGAAGAGGAAGUGUAUACUGUUAUAAAACGAGUAUUUAUUUUGAAAGCGAUGCAUGUCCGAAAGGUAAACAAAGUUAUGCAUAACUAUAGCGAGCAACGAGUUCAACACGUAGUAUAAAGCACUGUUUAAAACAUUUCGAACUGUGCUUGUAUGGUUCCUUUUUAAGAAAGAAAUAUUCAUCUUCAGAGACACGUUAAAAGCCGCUAUUACCAGCGCGACAAUUUCAACCGAUUUACUUCUGUAUUAAUCACGUUACAAUCACGAUCACAUUCCACGCAACGUGAAUUCUGGCUUUAAAUUUCUCAGAGCUUAUUGCACAACGAUUUUCUAAUCAUUGCUUCGAAAAUUUACAUACACGAGAGCCGUACUUUUAUCAAUCUUAUCCAAGAGAUUUGUAUCGUUCAAAAUUCCUUUGAUGCUUCUAUUAGAACAAUUGGUGCUAUCGAUCAAUAGUAUUUUUCAUGCUUCACGUAAAGAGUUAGAGUGUAAAAUAUUCUUUAAACCUUUAAGGAAUCAAAGUUUUCGGAGAAGAGAAAUCAAAGUGUUCUUUUUCAACAUACUGGAUCGAAGUACUUGUUUCUAGCGGGACAAGUAUUUAGGGAUAUCGACGAUGAAUGUAUAGACUUACGAUAUAUCGUAGAUAUAUUAUUUAGCUACUAAUAUUUCCGUUUGCAUAGAACGAAACAAACGAAAACGAUACUAACAUCUCAUUUAAUUAGACAAUGUUGCAAAUAUCGUCGAACGUGUACUACCAAUAGAAUUCUAAAAUUCUAUAUAGCAGCUAUGACACGUAGAAUGUUUCCAUAGAAGCGUGUUGGUUUCGAAAGACUUUACCGCAUCUGAUUUUGUACAUAUCAGCGUUUGUUACGGUAUACACAGACACGGCAAACUAAGCCGACGGAGGAGAGGAGAGGAUGAGAAUAACGAGCAUUUAUACUUUGUAAGAUUUCAAUGAACGGAUUGGUUGGCGGGUGUCGACCGCGUUGUACGCGAUUGAGAAGGUCUUGUUUACGAGUAAAAUAAACACUAUCAACGAACGGGAGGCGACACCUGGUCGAAACGAGCAACGAGCAACGAGCUUGUUUUCCAAUAAUCGGAUAAUCACGUAUUAUUUAUUGAACGACCAUUGCGUUAUUCAUGGUUGAUACUAGAUUGCAGCUGAUAUCGGCUUGGGUCAUUUUAGAAAACGUUUUUAAAAUUACCCAAGAAGGCAGUUUACACCUGGAAGCCUCGGUUAGCGUCAACUAUGAGAACCUAGGCCGUGAAAGGCUCAAAUAUUUCAUUGUAUUAUUCGGUAAACGAAACUUCAACGCCUAAUGUUUUACCACGAACUUACAUUAACGUAACGUGAACUGGAUAACGUGUAUGGAGAAUAUUCGAAGCGUAAACAGUUUUCGCAACGAUCGGACGACUCGGUUGCACUCGAUCGACGUCGCGUAGGUCAGGCGAGAGUGAGUAUCGCGGAAAGAUCAACGAUCGAUUGGCACACCUCGUGUGUCCAGUUAAGGUGAGGUGGCAUUUAGUAGCAUUGUACGUGUUACGAUAUGUAGACACAACCGUGUAACAAAAUAUUCACAUAAAUAUAUUUAUACUAUGCAUAAA